CACUAUGAUUAAACAAAUUCAAAAAGAACAAAAUGAAGUUGAAAUGGAAAUUGAGCAAUCAAUGCGUGGAGAACCAGCUCCAAAGAAACGCAAAGAAGAUGAAAACAGAGAAGCCAGAAUUCAAAAUGUUAUUGCUGAUCGUGGUAAUAGAUCAACUAUCGAUUUUCUUCGGGGCACUGCUCAUAAUCUUUCAUUGUAA